AUGGCAGAAAAUGAUGUGGACAAUGAACUCUUGGACUAUGAAGAAGAUGAAGUAGAGACAGCAGCUGGGGGAGACGGGUCUGAGGCCCCUGCCAAGAAGGAUGUCAAGGGUUCCUACGUCUCCAUCCACAGCUCUGGCUUUCGUGACUUCCUGCUGAAGCCAGAGUUGCUCCGGGCCAUUGUUGACUGUGGCUUUGAACAUCCAUCAGAAGUCCAGCAUGAGUGCAUCCCUCAGGCCAUUCUGGGAAUGGAUGUCCUAUGCCAGGCCAAGUCAGGGAUGGGAAAGACAGCAGUGUUUGUGCUGGCCACACUACAACAGUUGGAGCCAGUUACUGGACAGGUGUCUGUGCUGGUGAUGUGUCACACCCGGGAGUUGGCAUUUCAGAUCAGCAAGGAGUAUGAGCGCUUCUCUAAAUACAUGCCCAAUGUCAAGGUCGCGGUGUUUUUUGGUGGUCUGUCUAUCAAGAAGGAUGAAGAGGUGCUGAAGAAGAAUUGCCCGCAUAUUGUUGUGGGGACCCCUGGCCGCAUCCUCGCCCUGGCUCGAAAUAAGAGCCUCAAUCUCAAACACAUUAAACACUUUAUCUUGGAUGAAUGUGAUAAGAUGCUUGAACAGCUCGACAUGCGUCGGGAUGUCCAGGAAAUUUUUCGCAUGACCCCCCAUGAGAAGCAGGUCAUGAUGUUCAGUGCUACCUUGAGCAAAGAGAUCCGUCCUGUCUGCCGCAAGUUCAUGCAAGACCCAAUGGAGAUCUUCGUGGAUGAUGAGACGAAGCUGACGCUGCAUGGGUUGCAGCAGUACUACGUGAAACUGAAGGACAACGAGAAGAACCGGAAGCUCUUUGACCUUCUCGAUGUCCUUGAGUUCAAUCAGGUGGUGAUCUUUGUGAAGUCUGUGCAGCGUUGCAUUGCCCUCGCCCAGCUGCUGGUAGAGCAGAACUUCCCAGCCAUUGCCAUCCACCGAGGGAUGCCCCAGGAGGAGAGGCUUUCUCGGUAUCAGCAGUUUAAAGAUUUUCAACGACGAAUUCUUGUGGCUACCAACCUAUUUGGCCGAGGCAUGGACAUUGAGCGGGUGAACAUUGCCUUCAACUAUGACAUGCCUGAGGAUUCUGACACUUACCUGCAUCGGGUGGCCCGAGCAGGCCGGUUUGGCACCAAGGGCUUGGCCAUCACAUUUGUAUCAGAUGAAAAUGAUGCCAAGAUCCUCAAUGAUGUGCAGGAUCGCUUUGAAGUCAAUAUUAGUGAGCUGCCAGAUGAGAUAGACAUUUCCUCUUACAUUGAACAGACGCGGUAG